AUGACUACAGACGAGGGAGGUUGGAUUUUGAUUGGUAGAAAAAACAACUCGAUCACCUGGUCAGUUCCAUCCAAUAACAAGACAGUUGAACCUUACGGGGACCCACAUUGGUCGAGUUUGUUUGGCAAUGCACCAAUACUGGACUUCAGAGUACAGGUUGCCACAAGUGAAAAUUUUAGAGCUACUAAAGCCCACUG